AUGAGUGCCGCGGCAGACGUCAUCCUGCUUGAUUCUUCGCCGGAGCAGCCUUCGUCUCACACUCCAGCGCACGCUACUUCUGGCCCGGAGUAUCCAUUAGAUGAACUAUCGCCAAUUCUGUCGCCAUCAGAAUUGUUCCGACCUCCUUCGCAAUCCCGCUUCUUCACCACCGACAAUCCCGGCGCCAAACGGUCGAACGUCAAGGGAAUCAAAGCGCUCAAUGGGAGAGACGCAAAUUCAGGAAAUAUUGAUGUGGAGGGGGAGGAAACAAUCUCACGGAACAAACCGACACGAGGACGGAAGAAAGCCACGAACAAGGGGCAAGAAGGCCUAGAAACUGCAACGUCGGAUCAUAAUCAGAAAGAAACGGUGCCGAAAAAGCCAAGAGCUACGAAAGCGAAGUCCGCGGAGGGCCCGAAAAAGCGUGGAAGGCCCAGCACGAAAACUGCCACGAAUAACAAAACUCUGUCGGGACGGGUUGCGAAGGCUGGGAAUGUGCAGCCAAAAGAGUCCGAUGAGAAAACCAAACGCCCAUCGACCCCGAAAUCUUCGUCAGGCGGAACAUCCGUCAAGGAUCCGGUUGACUGGGAAAAGGAAGGAUUACAAUUGGAGGCAGCUACGAAACGGAGGUUGGAUUGGACGCCCACUAAAGACACGAUGGAACAGGCCGUCGAGACAGGCAGGGCUGAAGGAGUGAGCGACAACACAUCGAAUGGAUUUGGAUCUCUUUUAGCAGACUAUAACUUCAGCGGAGGUUCCUCGCUCACCCAAACCAGUUCUGGAAUUCCCGAGGAUGGCUUCAUCACAAAGCGGAGACGAAUCGAACUCGUCGAUUCUAGGCUCAAUCCUGAAUCGAGACAAAGGAGCUCCGAGGAGGACAAGCCGUCCACUGAAGAAGAGCAAUCUUCCAAUGCUCCGGGGCCCAAGAAGAGGAGACAGAAACAGCCCAAAAAGCUGACGACACUCACAGCCCGAGUAACGGCACAAUAUAACGAUAACCUCACGGAAAGCUCGGGUCUUUUGGCAACCACGAAAGAUUCCACUCCUGUCCAAACUAAAACAACAAAAUCGAAAGGAAAAGGGAAAUCAAAGCCUCAGGAACCCGAGUUCAUUGUUCUUUCCCCUGAAGCGGCUGCCAAGUGCCUUGAUGACCAAGAUCUCGUAUUUGGAACCUGCAGUCAGCUGCAACGAGAAGACUCUCCAACCCUGCUAAAAGAAAUGCAAGCAGCAAUGCUUGAGUCGGAGAAAAGCAUCACAUCCGCGUCAACUCCUCGAGGCCCGUGGUUCAAACCAUCUUCCACGACCACAGUCUCUCGUUUUACGACACCGAGAAACCUAUGGUCCGUUGCGGCGAGAGAUUCGGAGGGGUCAUUAGCUCAGGUCGAAGUCGUCGAUCUAUCAGAAUCGCCUGAUCUGCCUAAACUCUCAUCUAUCAAUACCAACAAAUUUUGGGCUGAUUCAAAGCAGAAACAGAGCAAGGAGCCUGACGUUACACCUGAUGUUACACCCGAUGUCUCAAGCUACAAUGAAGUGCCGGAACCUCAAAAGACGUCACUCUCCGAUAAAGAGCUGUUUCAAAUAGCGAGACAGAACACAAACCCAGUAGAGGGACCUAAGGAGAAGACUCAGCCUACGGAAUCUCUUCCCCAAAUGCCUCGAUAUGCGGGAUUUACAGACGCCGAAUUAUCCAGGCAGGUGGCAGAUUAUGGGUUCAAGGCCAUCAAAAGCCGCAAGAAAAUGAUCGAGCUGCUUCAGAAAUGCUGGGAAUCCAAACAUGCUACAAGCGUGAGCGUGGAUCGGGAUCAUAAGCAGGACAAUGCACCAUCGAAGCCAACAACAGAUCCCCCAACCCAAUCACAAACAACCGGUAAAAGGACCCGCAAGGUUGCCAGUGCUUCUCAAACGAUUACCACAAAAGCCACGAAGUCCCAACCAAGCAAAUCAUCAAAACCCACGACGAAAUCGAAAACCAAGCCAUCUACAUCACCCUUCAAAGCUAGUACCAAGCAAACCGCCUCUCAGCUUGAAUCAUCACAGGCCCCCUCCAUACGUUCCUUUGCCGAAAUAGAGGAAAUCCAAGACUCCGAAGACGAGCUCACCCCCUCUCCAAGCAGACUCCUGAGCCGAUACACCUUCCCUACCACCGAGAGGCUGUCGCUACCUAUGUCUCCAAUUCCGUCGACUCCAACUCGCAGCACCACACGAUCACACCUCCAACAAUCAGCUGCCCCUCAGCCCACCAAACCCAGCGCUCCGCCUGAUCUAGCCAACCAGAUCACCAAAGCCGUCCGGACUCAGGCUCAACAUCGCGCCUCCAAUGCUCCCCACAAGCAUCUCACCUGGCACGAGAAGAUGCUGAUGUAUGAUCCGAUCAUCCUAGAGGACUUCACAGGCUGGUUGAAUACAGAGGGCCUGGCGCUCGUGGCCGAGGACAGAGAAGUCGGGGCCGGAUUCGUGCGACAGUGGUGCGAAAAUCACAGUAUUUGUUGCUGCUAUCGAUGA